CGGAAGCAGAGAGGAAGAGGCGAAGUGAGAGGAUUUACACCGCCCUAAUCAGUCCCCGUGAGAUAAGAUUUAGAAGUGUCGAAUUACCCUCCAUCAUGGAGGUACUAGCGAAUGCAGCCGUGGCAGAGAUCUGUAAACUCGUAGACGACGACUAUGCAGUGUUUCGUUUGGAAAUAACUCAAAGCCAGAAAGAAAACAGGGUAUUGCGGAGGAAACUACUGGAACUGAAGGUGGCACGGGAGCGCGCAGAAAAGACAAUGCGAGAGCGCGUCUUCGCCAGUCGCCCAAGUAUUAAGAUCCUCGACCGAUACAGAGGAAUAGCAAGAGGUGAAGGACAUCUCACUGGAGGCCACAGGAGCUUUGUGAAGCCAGCAGGACACAAUACAUUGAGAGAUGACCAACCAAUCACUGUUGAUGAGGGGAGUGGAACCUCAACCCAGCACAUUAUUGUGAUAGAGUCUGCAGGUCCUGGGGUCAAGCAGGAGACAUCUGAAGGAGAGGAGAACCCACUGUACAGCAGAGACCUCCAAACUGGAGCAGUGGGAGUGCCUCCUGUAGCCACGGACAAACCCACUACCACCCCAGCGCAGCCCAAGACCCAAUGCAGCAUCACGGAGGUCAGUGGAACGCUGAACGCCAUCCUCAAGACAGAGACAGACACAGAGACUUCAACUGUAACACAAAGGCUUUUACACACAGGAUCUGACCAAAUGUCAGACCCAGAGAGAAUGGGGCUGGGAAGACUGGGCUGUCCUCCUGCUCCCGCCUCAGCGUACGUACUUUAUGGAAACCCGAGCCCGAGGACGGUUCAUUCCCAUCCGGACUCAGGUGACGCGUCAGAGACUGGUAAUGAUCCUUCUUGUUCUUAUAUUUCAGAGAUGGACCCUAGCAACAUGCCCAUGGGUUUAGAGGCACAGACUGAUCUGUCUAGACGGGACUGGAACCGGUGCAGUAGAAGUGUAUAUUCUGAAGGGUGCCUAUAUGAGGCAGGGGAGGGUAUGGCCAUAGAUGACGUGACUGUGAAAGUGGAGGGUGACAUUCCUCCCACAUGGAAUGCAGAUAGUCACCUAGGAGAUGGACACUCACAGGGCAGAGAUUUCUUAGAUUACAGGGAAAGCUUGGAGACCAAUCCAAAUGUCGCUGCCCACUACCCUUUACACACGCUCAAGGAUCGCGACCCAUUGUCCACGUCAAUGGGGCCUUCCGAUUCACAUGGCAGCAUCCUUUUCAAUCAGGUAUUGAACUCAAACGACAGGACUAGAGCCCAGGCUCAGAAAGGGGAAGCUACAUCAGGCAAUUGUAAAGAUAAACGAUUCCCCUGCAUGUUCUGUAACAAAGGCUUCAGCUGCCCCCAGAAGGUGGAGAUCCACCAGAGGGUCCACACAGGGGAGAGACCCUACAGCUGUGCCCAGUGUCACAUGCGCUUCACCCAGGCUGGCAACCUGAAAAGACACCAGAGGGUCCACACUGGGGAGAAACCAUACAGCUGUACCCAGUGCCACAUGUGCUUCGCCCAGGCUGGUCACCUGAAGAUGCACCUGAAGGUCCACACGGGAGAGAGGCCGUUCACUUGUACGCACUGUGGGAAGAGGUUCUCAGAGAGGAGCUACCUCAGAAUACACCAGCAGAAAAAACACUCCACUCUGAUAACAUAGAAAAGUAACAAUUUCACUCGAUAGCUUCUGACGUUUAGAUCAAACCCUGGAUUUCAUCAGAAAAGCUCCACAGAUGCAUUUGGAAUGACAAGAGUAACAUAUUUCAGUGUUGAAUAUUCCUGGGUAGAGUGUUGCAUAUAGACUUUGGCAUAUUUAAGCCUACACAUCUAUUACAUAUUGUGUUUGUACUGUGUUGGCUAUAUGAUGUUCACAAAUGCCUAUUUCAUUACUUCCAUUCAACUACUUAAUUUUUUCCCCAAGACACUUUUAAUGAGAAAAUGAAUGCAGUUUAUCAAGUUCAUGCUUAAUUUUUGUAUAUGUGUGGUUUUCAUAUGGUGUAUUUAAGUUUUGUAAUAAACACGAAAUGAGACUUUUCA